AGUAAGCUCAAAGAGAAAGUAAAGACACGUGGUAUAUCGGUUGUCAACGCAUUACUUUCACCAACAAUCCGCUCAAUAAAAUAGUUUAUUGGUCUCGAUCUACACAUACAUAGUUUACAGUCUAUACACAUACAAAGUGAUUUGGUUGGUGGGGCUUCUUUUUAGUUCUCGUUUCAACCUAUAUGGGAUUAUAUCAGAGAUUGGUUUGUUUAUUAUCAUCUUCUGUUGCUGAAAUGCCUUCAAGCUGGAAGCCACUUAACUUUUACGUAUUCAUCACUUAUGACAACCUCAUCGAAAGCAGCCUCAGAAUUCCCAUAGACUUUACCAUAGAAUAUCAGAAGCAGAUCCGUUCAAACAACAAAGACAUCAUACUCAGUGUUUCAGAUGGCAAGACUUGGUAUUUGGGUUGGAUGGUCUCCGGUAACGGACACCUCUGGCUCCAGAAGGGUUGGCCCGAGUUUGCUGAGCAUUACCAUCUAAAGAUUGGAUACUUGCUGCUCUUUAAUCAUCAGGAAAGUUCCAUUUUUCAUGUUAGAAUAUUCAACCAAACCAGUUGUGAGAUAACUUACUUUCCACAAGAAAUCGAUCAAUCUAUGCACACGGGAGAUACUGAGGUUCUAAACACGCCCGCCAAGUCUCAAAACAGCGAAGUGACAGUAGAUAGGUCUGACAACCCAUUCUUCUCGGCCAAAAUGCCUCCUUCAUAUCAUUCAUCGUUGGGAAUGUAUGUACCUUUCAAAUUUUGUACAAGAUAUUUGACUUGUGGAAAGGAGUAUGUGGACUGUGUUCUUCAUAUGCCAGAGGUGGGAAACUGGGGUCCGAUUCCAUGCAAGAUGUACAAGCAGAAACAUGGUAAAUUGUAUGGUCCAAAUUGGAAGAAAUUUAGUAAUGAAAAUCAUUUGGUUCCGGGUGAUGUUUGUCUGUUAGAGCUGAUAAGUGAGAGUGAAAAGGUGCUGAAAGUCACCAUCACUCGAGCUAACCAAAAAUGAACUAAGAAAGAUAGUGUAGAUAUAUUUGUUUUUAGGUGUAACUCUAAUAUGUUAUAAUGACUCUUUUUCUGGUAAUGAUUUGAGUGGUUUUAACAAUU